AUGGAUCCAAGAAAUUUAAUUGAAAACCUCAAGGCAGAUCUGACUUGCUCUAUCUGCCUGGGCUACUUCACAGACCCAGUGACUGUCAAUUGUGGCCAUAGCUUUUGCACAGUCUGUCUUCUCAGGUGCAGAGAAGAAGCAGAUUCAACAUUCAGCUGCCCAGAAUGCAGAGGAAUCAUCAAAGACAGUGAUUUGGUGCCUAAUAGGAAUUUGCAGAAUCUGUCUAUCACCGGCAAAAGGCUCAGACCUCAUCUGCUUCAGAGCAUGGUGGACCUGGCAGUGUGUGAUCAACAUGGGGAAAAAGAGAAGCUCUUCUGUGAAGAAGACCAGAGACUUCUCUGUGAUUCCUGUUUAUUAGCCCCAGGGCACAAGGAUCACACAGUCCUUCUCUUGGAAAUGGCUGCUGACAAAUGCAAAGACAAGCUCCAGCACACCCUGAAUACCUUACAACGAAAAAAAGAAGAAUUUAAGAUUGCACUGGACAGAGUGAGAAGUAGAGAGGCACUCUGUAAGGAGGAUAUAUACUCUUUGAAACAAUUAGUUAUUUCAGAAUACGAGAAAGUACAUGAUUUCUUAUGGGAUGAAGAAGAGCGACACCUACAAAGGCUGGACCAGCAAUACACAGACAACCUGGCAAAACUGGAGCUCAACAAGGCCAGACUGUCACAACAAAUUCAAAAUGUGCAAAGAAUGAUAUUAGAAGUAGAGGAGAAUUUGGACAAGGGGCCCUUGGAAAUGCUCCAAGACAUGAAAGGCACUUUGGAAAGGAAUGAGGAGUUGCUACUUCAAGAACCAGAAGUUGCUUCCCUUGCCUGGGCCACCAGCCCCAUCACUGGCUUGAGAGAGAUGCUCAUGAGUUUCCAGAGUGAUAUCAGUCUUGAUCCUGAAUCAGCCAAUCCACAUCUCAUCCUGUCUGAAGAUCUGAAGAGUGUCAAGUAUGGAGAUGUCCCACAAGACCUUCCUGACAAUAAGGAAAGAUUUGAUUAUGCUCUUGCCGUACUGGGCGCCCAGACCUUCACUUCAGGCAAACACUAUUGGGAAGUGAAGGUAGGAGAUAAGACAGAAUGGGAAGUGGGCAUCUGUAAAGAUUCAAUCAGGAGAAAAGGGAAACUCUCCUCAUUAUCUGAGGAUGUAUGGAUCCUAGUAAGCUUCAGAUCUGGAAAUGAUUGGUUCCUGGGAAAUUCUCAAGAUGGCUUUCAUCUGAGCCAGCCCAUAGACAAAGUGGGCGUUUUUCUGGAUUAUGACAAAAGACAUGUAGCAUUUUAUGAUGUCAUAGAUGGAUCCUUUAUUUCUAGUUUCUCAGACAUAUCUUUUGAAGGGCCUCUUCGCCCUUACUUCUCUCCUUGCUGUCCUAAUGAAGAAAGUACUCCUGGGUCACUCAUCAUCUGCCCCAGGAGUAAUCAGUAG